AUGAAACUCAACUCCAAUAUCCUCACUGCCGUUGUAGCUGCUGCUGCCUUGGCAAACGUGGUCAAUGCAGCUUCAGUUGCUACUUGCGCAGAACAAAGCAGUUGUAUUUCCUUCAACAUGACCAAGCUGGAAACUAGCGCUUGUUCCGUGGCUGGAGAUUGUACAGUCGAAGUCUGCAUGGACGUCAACGGUGGCAACGAAGGCUGCGGCAAAGGCUCCGUCGAUUCUUUCUCGCACAUGUGUAUGCAAGCAAGUAGUUCUGGCUGUCCGCAAUGGCAAGAUCCUGAUGAGCUCAUUCCCAAGAUGGGAGCCGGCGAUGACACAACUUGCUCUGCUUCUGGAAUUGAAGAUCAAGCAGCCUUUGAUGGAAAGUGUACCGAUGGAAAGGAUGUCACAAUGUGUCAAGAAGGAAAGCCAGGUCAGACUCUCUAUUGGAUUCUAAAAGACGGAAGUGAUACCACCCAAGAAGACGUGACCAUUCCAAUGCCCUUUGUCACAGAGGGCAGUGAUUCCUGUGAAUCUUCGGCUCGAUGCUUCAAUUACCAAUACAAGUGCGGUACGGAUGGUAGCCCUAGGCAAUCCAGAUUUGAGCGUACUUGGGCCUUUACCAUUCCUGAGGGAACUGGUGAUGCUUGCGAUGUCUGUGCCGGUGAUGAAUCUGAUGAGCCUGAGGAUCCUGUUGUUCAAUCACCUCCUUCCACCCCUACUGAUCCAUCUCCAUCCAGUCCAAGUGAACCAGCCUCGUCUCCUAGCUCUCCCACGGAACCAGCUGCCACUACGCCAUCCUCACCAACGGAACCUGGCUCUCCAACUGAUGGAGGAGAUCCACCAAUCACUGGAGGCAACCCACCUCCUGCUACUCCACCAGCGACUGGUUCGGAAGGUAGUCCCACACCAGGAAGCAACGGAGAUCCUCAUUUCAAGACCUGGAACGGAGAACAUUUCGAGUUCCACGGACAGUGCGAUCUUGUCUUGGCUAAGGAUGCUGACUUUGCCGAAGGACUCGGUUUGGAUAUCCAAAUCCGAACCAAGCUCGUUCGUUACUGGUCUUAUAUCAAGAGAGCUGCCAUUCGCAUUGGCGAGGAUAUCCUUGAAAUUGAAGGAUCCUCCGACUUGGCCGAGAUCGAUCCAAUCUUUUGGAUCAACUUUGAUUACCAACCCGAAGACGUCAAGACCAUUGGUGGGUUCCCACUGAAGGUCAUCACUGGAAAAGCUCGCUUCCGCAAGCAUCACUUUGAAAUCGAUCUGAGCUCCAAGUACCCCGGUGUUAAGAUUGAAAUUCACACCAUGAAGGAAUUCAUCAAGGUUGACUUUGUUGGUGCCAGUGAGGAAGCCUUUGGAAAUGUUCAAGGUAUCUUGGGCGAAUUCAAGUCUGGAAAGACCUUGGCUCGCGAUGGACAAACGGUUGUCGAUGACUAUACCCUACUCGGAAACGAGUGGCAAGUCCAACCCGUCGAUACCAUGUUGUUUCACGACAUUUCGGAUCCGCAAUUCCCCAAGCGUUGCGUGCUUCCAGAAGAUCCUCAAGGACAACGUCGUCGCCGUCUGGAAGAAUCCUCCGUCACUGUUGAAGAUGCCGAAAAGGCAUGCUCCACUUUGGCCGACGAACUCUCCCGCAAGGACUGUGUCUAUGACAUUAUCGCCACCCAAGACAUGGACAUGGUCGGUGCCUUUUAA